UGCGAGGCUUACCGAGUUAUCUGGGUUAUUGCCAACAGGUCAUCUGCGCUUCAACCUCGCAAACCUAUUUAACAACUGUAACAGCGUCGGCGCUCUUCUUUUGGAUUCCCAGCUGGGGAGAGGGAGAUAGCGGUAGAGCUUGCAAAGGAUGGAGCUGCAGGAGCAGAAGUACCAGAUGGUUCAGAUCGACCUUGGGAAUCUAAUGGCGUACGACCGCCAUCAUCACUUCCCUUCUGUUCCCUCCGAAAGGGGAGAGCUAGUGAAGGAAUGUCUACAAAAAGGUACUGAGUUGGUCCAAGCGAUUGCAGAUGUCCUUUUCAACUUACCUUCAACAGAAGACCGUGAUGGACCUAUUGUUCAAUUGCCUCCACCUACAACAAGGUUGCCUAGGGAAAAGCAUCUUCCAAAGCCUAAGCCCCCUACAAAGUGGGAACUAUUUGCCCAAAAGAAAGGUAUAAAGAAGCGCAAGAAAGACAAGAUUGUAUAUGAUGAACAAACUGGUACUUGGAAGCGUCGAUAUGGCUAUGAUCGCGUAAAUGAUGACAAAGAUGUACCUAUCAUUGAGACCAAGAUGACUGAUGAGCCAGGAGAAGAUCCAUUUGCCAAGAGAAAAGAAGAAAAGAAGAAGCGAGUUGAAAAACAGGAAAAGAACCGGUUACAGAACCUGAAACAAGCUGUUAAAGUUGGUGCAUUGCCAAGCCAUGUUCAACUUGCUGCAACAGCAUUGCCCAUAACAGGAACCCAAAGUGCUCCAAAGAAAGUUACUAAAGAUGAGCUAGGGAAUGUAGCUGGAAUGGCAGCAACAUCAACAGCUAGUGGUGGAAAGUUUGACAAGAAGUUGCCAGGUGAAAAACCUGCAAAACAUCCUGGGAAGUAUCGUAAGUUCCUCCCUGUUGUGGAAGGAACAGGAAUGGGCUCACAAGAGAAGCAGCAGACUGACAAAGUUCUGAGCAAGCUACUGUCCAAGCACUCUCAUGAGAUACUGGAUGUUAAUAAGGCUGUUACGAUGUUCAAUGUGAAGAAAGAGAAGAAGCGAAAGAAUCAGCAAGGGAAAUUUUCUUCGACCUCAAGCAAAUUGAAACCAAAAAAGGCAGCUCAUAAGAAAUCAUCAAAGAAAGGAUUUUCAAAGAAGGGGUCGUCAAAGGGACAGACUAAAUGAAAUUAGUAUCUUCACCCAAAAAAAGAAAAGAAAGAAGUUAGUAUAGUAUAGUGAAAUGUGAAGUGUGUUAAGACCUGAAUAGUAUUUGCUUUGUUGUUAAUUAUUUGCUUUUUAUAAUUUUUUAGUGGGUAAACAGCAACUAACGAGAAAAUUUUGUAGGCAAGUGACAAAUGGAAAAUUAAUUCCUAGUCACUAUAUUUUAUCGAAUUGAUGGAGAAUAGUUUUGUGAUGUUGUAUCAAUUAUAAAUAACCUGAGCAUGGCCCAUGGGUAUUAAACUA